AUGCUUCGACACUUCGACCCUUCGACCUCUUCGGUGCUUAUACAGGCGGUGGUGCCCUCGUUCGGCAAACUUUCGCAGCUGAUCGGAACCUUAGUCACCUUAGUUUGCUCCUACUUCGACUACAUCGCCGACGGACAGCCGACGACAAUGCCCCUGAACUUGAAGAAGUUCCUGGAAAGCGGCCGGUACGCCGACGUGGAGUUCCAGGUGAAAUCCGAGAAGUUCAACGUCUCGAAGACCUUCAAGGCCCACAAACUGCUGCUGGCCUUGAGUAGCGAAGCCUUCGAAGGCAUGUUCUACGGUGAACCUGGCGAACAAAAGGACACCGUGGUCGUCACGGACCUCCAUCCAGAUGGUUUCUACGGCCUUCUGAAGUACGUGUACGCCCGAAAGCCAUGUUUGAUAAACUGCGUAGAAGCCUUGCACACGAAGGCCGCGGCCGAGAAGUAUCAGCUGCUGGAGCUCGUUCAGGACUGCGAGGCCUACAUUAGCCGUUCCCUCAAGCCCGAAGGAAUGUGCAGCGUGCUCGACUGCGCGCUCGAUUGCGGCUACGCUGUGCCGGACGCCAAGGUAGACGCGUGGCUCACGAGAAAAGCCGAAGCCGUGCUAUCCUCGGAGGCAUUCGUCAAGAGCUCUGUGAAGACGGUGGACCGUGUCCUGGACAAGGUCGCUAACGUGCCGGAGUUGUUCGUCGUCCAUGCGGUGCUGAAGUGGACGCACGCGCACUGCCAGAAGCUCGUCAAAGACGGAGGCAGCGAGGCCGCCGACCUAGCGAGCACUUUCUCCCAGUUCCGGCACAAGCUGAGAUUCCUGGCUCUGACGCCGCCGGAGUUCUUGGAGUUCGUCACCUCCAAGGAGGCGCGCGGAGUGAUCGAGACGGCCGACGCGUUCGCCAUCUUGAGCAACCUGAUCCAGGCCGGCUGCGUCGAGCUACCGCGCUGGGUGUGCGACGUGGCCGCGCACCGUGUUACGCACAUGCCAGCCUCCAAAUAUGCCAGCAGCGACGACGGGUACUACGGUGGCGGCUUCACCGCUGAGCCGCAAAAACGAUCUCGUUCGUUUCUGUAA